CACACUCGCACACCACAUACACACGCACACACACAUGCACGCGCGCCUCCUGUCAUUCUGUAAUCACAGACACUCGCGGACGCUCAGGAUCUGUGCGCCUCUAUGUGAAGUUUGUACACACACACACCAGAGAGAAGAAGAAAAAUUCCCUCUUCCUUCAUCUCCUUCAGGCGAUUAACAUCAGUCUGCUGAGCAGGCUCGGAGAAAAGAGGUCACUUUUACAGUUUUACCGCAGCACACAGGCCUGAGCUGCAGGACAUUAUGACAGAAGUAAUGAACACCUGUGAAUCGACCGUGGGGGACUACAGUGCAUCUGGAGACCAGAAGAUCGGUUUUCAGAUUUUCCCAGAAUCACAUGAGCGAUACCCCAAGCUAUCCAAGCGCUUGCCGUCCAUCGUGGUGGAGCCCACUGAGACUGGAGAAGUGGAGAGUGGGGAGUUGCGAUGGCCUCCCGAUGACUUGAGCCCUACAGAUGAAACCAGAGAUCCUCCAGCCCAGAAAGCAGGUGAGGAUCCGACAGCAGAGGAGGAGGAAGCUGGUAGAGUUGCAGCGAACUGAUGAGCACUGACUGGCACCAAUCCAACCUAUAACUAUGAAUGUCUUAAUGAUGGACAAGAAUGAGCAGGAGGCUCCUACAGUUAGGUCUGACUACAGUAUCACCCGCAAUAGAGCCACCCACCUGUUGAUAGACCUUCCAAUCCAGUAGGGGGAGCUGAGGCCUGAGAGACUUUCCUGAAAUAACUUGCGUGCCAAACUCUAGUGGUAGCCAGCUACUGUGAAUGAGUUGUACCUUCUUUCCCAUAACAUUAUGAUUCAUAUAUAAUUCUAAUAUUAAUUUGUUAAUUUGUACCUGUUUUUAAGUGAUUUACUGGAAUUGUACACACACACACACACACAGAUAUAUAUAUAUAUAUAUGCUUUGGACCAAAGUUAAAUAUUAAAUAUAACUUAAAUAUUUGACCCUAUUGAUCUACCACACACAUAUCUACAAAUCUUCUAAUUUCAAACAAUGUGGAUGUAUAGUUUAUCUGCACUAGAUGUUCUUAACAAAUAUAUACGACCUUCGAAAUGUACAGUAGAUUAUAUUUUAUAGUGUGUUCUCAUAUAUUCAGUUCAAUUUAAAGCAGCUAUUCAUUAAAGUAGUGCUCAAGUCUGAAAGCAGCUGCCUUAGUAACUGUAUCCUCACUUGGCUGUAUUUUAAUCAGAAAGGAAACUUGGCAGGCAUCUGGUUCAGAAUGUCGUUCAGUAUCAUAAUACAUAAUUAGUGUUCUCUGGAUAACAGCUAGCUGGCUAACUGAGCUAGACAAAAGUUAGUCACAUAAUGUAGCUACAAAAACUAAGGCUGCAUCAUGUUAGCUAGUUAGUUUUUAACUACAGAACAACUUCUGAAAUGCUCUGAGCACAAAUGACUGUUAUAUCUGUUAAAGCAGAACCGUAAAUUAAUGUUAACUAUCUUAAUACAACAAUUCACUUACAUUUGUAAAUAUAUUUCUCCAUCGAAUUGACAGUUUGGUCCAUCAUGCCUUCUGUCCAUCAUGUACUCUGAACAAUAUUAUGGAAUUGCUUGCAUUGGGGAAAAAAAGCAUGCUGCAUUGCCUUCAAAUCUGGCCAAAAUAAGUCACCUUAGUGGACAGCUGCCAUAGGACAGUGUUUAUCUAUAGCGCACGCUAAUGUUGCCCAAAAUUAUUGUGUAUGUCUAGGGAGCAGCUUUCUGGUUGGAUCACAAAGAAACCAAACCUGUACGUGUUGCUUUUUUUUUUUUUUUUUUUAAUUAUUAUUAUUAUUUCUUCUGUCUAGCAGAUUACCUCUUCUGCUUCUGCUUGUGUUUCUGUUGUUAGAGUAACCAUCUACAUACACAAAGAUGUUGUUUUUUUAUAUGUUGUACCUCAUUGCAUGUGUAUAACUGCAUUUAUCUAAAUAAUUCUAAUUCAAUAAUUCAAAUUUUUUAACCCACAGUCACAAGAACCAUCCUUCAAGGAGCAAAAAACUCAAAAUAAUCUAUCUAGGUGAUAUGCCAGGAAUGUCCAGUUAGUGUAAAAACAUUAAAAAAAUUCAACCAAA